GGUCCCCUGACUGUCCUGGUGGACACUGGUGGCCCUUGGGACCGUCACCUUCUCCCCCAACUUUUAUCCAACCACGGAGUGACCCCGGAAAACAUCACCCACGUCGUCUGCACCCACGGCCACUCCGACCACGUGGGCAACGUCAACCUCUUCCCCGAGGCCGAACUCUUGGUGGGCUUUGACCUGAGUCGAGGGGAUGGAGUUUAUCUCCCCCAAGAAUUGGCCCAUGGGGUGCCCUUGGUCCUUCAUCCAGGAUUUUUGGAGGUGAUCCCCACGCCGGGUCACACCGGAGCGCACGUCAGCCUGGUGGCACGCGGGACGGCGUCGGGGACGGCGGUGGUGGCGGGAGAUGUGUUCGAGAAGGAGGAGGAUGAAGGGGAGUGGGAAGAGUUGAGUGAAGACCCCGAGGAGCAGGAGAGGAGUAGGAGGAAAGUGUUGGCCUUGGCUGAUGUGGUGGUGCCAGGGCAUGGGUGGCCGUUCAGGGUGGUCAAGGA